AUGGGUUGGGAUUCAUUCUUGGACAAGGUCGAAGUCGUGGUCAACUGGGGCAACAGAGUUUACGGCAGGGUAGAGAGAUUCGCAGAACCGGCUGUGAAAAUAGUGGCACCUCAUGUCGAUACAUUCGCUCAGGAGAUGGACCCUAUUAUGAACAGACCUGUGGACUGGGUCUUGUUCUUGUACUUUAGCACUCAUAUUCCUAUCACCAUCCUUUUCGAUUUACAGCCACUGUAUCCUGACUGGAUCGUUCCUACAUUCUUCCAACAGUUGCAUGGAUCCUACAUGGCCUUGUUAAAUGAUCCUUUUAUGAAUAAAACCAUUCCCGUCAAAUGGUGGUUCAAGAGCUUUUCGCUCUGUGAAGCUUUUUUACAGCUUCCAUUCUUCUUUUUUGCUACUUAUGGUGUAUUCAAAGACAAAUCUUGGGUUCGCUUGCCAUUAGCAGUGUACUGUGCACAUGUGAUGACCACUGUGGUGCCUUGUCUUGCUGAAAUUGCUUUCAACAAAUCGUUUGGUUUAGAAGAUUUUCAACGCAACAUUCUGCUCAUGCUCUACUCUCCUUACUUUUUCAUUCCACUUAUUGGUUUGGUUGAUUCAUAUCUUCGCAUUACAAACAAACUGAGAGCAAAUGAUGCUGUAUUAAUAGAGAAAAAGAAUGAAUAA